UUAAUAGUAAAAAUCGGACCGAAUGUCGGAGUAUGAUCCGAUGUUCCUCGCUGUGUUUUUUUGCGGAUCGUGCAUUUCUUUUGCUGCGUGACUGUCGUGACUGUCCAUUUCAUUGAAUUGUCUCUUUGGUACUUACUACAACCUCAUUCUGUUCAUGUGACUGUAACGCACGAUGCUGUUCAAGCGGAAGUGCUCAUUCAAAGCGCCACUCAUAUAUUCAAGUGACCUUUAUUAAUGCCGUAUUCUUUCAGAGCAGCUAGUGCUGUUUUCUUAGUAGUUCAUUCUGCGAUCAUGAUAUGAGACGGACUUACGUAGAGGUCUUUAUAUGGAUUACCUCAGUUCUUUGGCAAGGAAUUCACGUGCAACGCGCUGAUGACGAUGUUUCCGGUGUCCGCACCAUAGAGAUCGUCACACUGGGAUAUCGCGAGCCGAUCGGCUAUCCUUCGCUGGCAUUUUCGGCUCCUGCCAUUGACUCUGCCAUGGUCGAGAUACGAGCUAAAUACAAGGAACGCUUUGAAUUUUUGCAUACGUUCUUGUUUUUACCAAAUGGAACAAUGGAUUGUUACGAGAUUGAAGCCCAAGCUGCUUAUGCAUUGUCCGAGUGGUACUACAAUUCAAAAGAACGAUGGGAUGCGGCAGCGUACAUCGCCCCAACAUGUUCGGAUAUGUAUCAAAUAAACCAACUGGUUGCCGCAUGGAAUCUUCUAAUGAUUACGAGUUCUGCAAGUGGAAUUGAUCAACGCAACAAAACUCUUGCUCCAACCUGGAUAGCCGCUGUUUCGGCAUCGGCAACAAAUUACAUUCUCCUUCCGGUUAAUUUAUUUAAAUACUUCAAUUGGACAAACAUUUUUAUGGUCCUAGAUUUGGAUUCUAGUCGAUCAUACCAUGCUGGUGUGGAUGGAAUUUUGAAGUAUUUGCCUAGCCAGAUUCCCGGUUUUCAGUCAACGGUAAUCUCGGUCAGGUCAAGCGCCGGCAUCGAUAACCGCGCCAUACUGCUGGAAUUCAAUGUCACCAGCAGAGUGUUGCUGUUUUUUUCUCAUUCGGAUAAUCUACGAAAAUUUAUGCUGCAAGCUCACGCGAUGAACAUGACGAAUGGAGAAUACGUUUAUGUCGCUCAGCAAAUAUUCCACGACAUUAUCGAGUUCGGAAAUUUUAGCUGGCAUUAUGGUGACCAGUUUGAUGAAACUGCCAGGGAAGCCUAUCGAUCACUACUGUUUAUCGAAGGUGAUCCAGUCAUCUACAGUACACCAUCCUCAAAACUGGUCAACGAAUGGAAACGGCAAUCAUUCGCAAAUUUUCACUUUAAAUACGAAAACAAUGAAGAGGUGAAUCCAGUAGUCACCGCCACUUACUUAUCCAUCCUCAUAUUCGCACAGGUCAUAAGCGAUACACUAGAAGCUGAGCCGGACUUCAAUAUAUCCGAUGGAGCAUUAUUAGCAUCACAGUUUUACGACAGCAGUUUUCAUUUUAAUUUUACUGACGUGUACUUUGAUCUGGCCGGAGAGCGCAGCACAAAAAUAAUGAUUAAUGACCUUAAUUAUACAACUGGAAAAUACCAGGUCGCCAUGUUUCAAGAUGAAAAAUUUCGCCGCUUGCAUGCCGUAUUGCCGAUUGACUGGGGAGGAAAAAGCAACAGCAGUCCCUUGAAUCAACCAAUCUGCGGUUACAGAGGCAAUCGAGGUCCCUGUGCACUGAUAUCUACGGACGAAAAAAGAACUUACGCAACCAUUUUCGGCGCGCUUUUGGGCGUUCUCUUGGUGAUUUUCUUGUGCUCCAUAUUUGCCAUCAGGCGCUACCGGUAUAUCCAACAGUUCCGGGAUGCGUGGUGGCUGAUUGACCGCACGUACCUGCAGUUUCACACUGCUGGGAGUCGUAUUUCGGCAGCGGAAAACACGAAUCUCCAAUACUUAGGACAAAAUAUGAAGCCAACAAAAGGUAUGGCGCGAUACAGGGACAUGGAAGUAUGGGCCGACGAAAUACCUUUGCCGGAUGAUGCCGACAAGAUGUUCAGCGACGGGGAGAAAAUACGGAGAGGUUUUGGCCGUAUAAAUUUUUCUGCAUCCGUCUUGGAUAUUUUGCGAACGCUGCGCGACGCUCCUUCCGACAACAUUAACAAGUUUCUUGGGAUGUGUGGAUAUCCAGACCAUCGAAUGCUAUUUUUCAUUAGUAAUUAUUGUCAUAAGGGAUCCCUGCAUGAUUUAUUUCAUCAACCGUAUUUUGAAGAUCAAUUUCGAGUGUCCCUUAUUCUCGAUUUGCUAGAGGGUCUAGUUUGGAUACACUCAUCGUUUGUGCGCUUUCACGGUUUUCUCACGGGAUGGGUGUGUCUUAUUGAUCGACAUUUUGCGCUGAAAAUUGGGCGAUUUGGUUAUUAUCACUUGCUCGACCAGCCGUAUUAUAAAACAAUGCCGUACUCCAUUGAGAAAUUACCAACCGAUAAGCUCUUUUGGACGGCACCGGAACUCCUUAAAAUGGCCAUAACGGCUCCCAACAGUGCUACAGACAUUUUCGCUACGGGAGUCAUCCUUAACCAGAUAAUCUGCAGCAGUCUGCCAUACAACGACCUGAAAGAAUACUUGGCAGCAAUUGAUUUGUUGGAGCAAAUACGAAAAGGCCAGAACCUUCAAACGACGCCAAGGCCAAGUCUUUCCGAGAGCAGCUACUUAGGAAAACGGUUGAAUUUUGUGAUAAAAAACUGCUGGGACGAAAUACCACAAAGACGAAAAACUAUCCAAGCCGUCCGCAACGAAGUUUAUUUUGCUUUGAAUAUCAAAGAUCGACGGCGCGGGCAUCUCAUGGAGGAAAUUCUGAAGCGACUGGAAAUGUACGCUCAGACUCUGGAACGGGAUGUGACAAGUCGCACCCAUGCGCUGAUGUCCGAACGGAAAAAAUGUGAUGACCUUUUGCGGGAAAUGCUGCCGUCGUCUGUUGUGGAGCAACUUCGAGCCGGACAUACCGUUAACUCGGAAAACUUUGAUUCGGUGACCAUAAUGUUUAGCGAUAUGUUCGGCUUCAGCCAGUACGCGGCAGGGUCUUCACCAACGGAUGUGACGGAAUUGCUCAAUGCGGUUUAUUCGGUAUUCGACAAAGUCCUUGUUGUAUUUGACGUGUACAAAGUGGAGACGAUUGGGGAAGUGUAUAUGGUAGCUAGUGGUGUGCCUGUACGUAACGGUAUUGCCCACGCAAAAGAAAUCUGCUCUUUAGCCCUUGCACUGCAGCAGCAUUUUGCCGCUAGUGAUUUCGCCCAUUUUCUUUCUUUACGGAGUGGAAUUAACUCCGGAUCUUGUGUUGGAGGCGUCGUUGGUCUUCAAAAACCGCGGUAUUGUUUAUUUGGAGAUACUGUCAAUUUCGCCUCAAGAAUGGAAAGUACAGGAUUACCCAAUCGAGUGCAGAUAACCGAAACAACCCGGAAGAUUUUACUGGAUUACCAUCCAUAUUUUGACAUUGUACUACGCGGUACCGUUUUUGUUAAAGGCAAAGGCGACGUCAAUACAUAUUGGCUAAAUAACUGAUACGCAUGCAUGCAGCAAGAAUAUUGUUGCGGCUGUAUCUGUCUGCCGGUUAAUAUUGCCGCGUCGCAAAGAAGCGAGACAUUAUGCCGUGUCUUCAAUAACUUCUCCAAUAACUUGCGUAG